AUGGUCUCUUCGUCAUCUCUCGUUGAAAUGCCGGAUAAUAUACUGAAUGAGAUUCUGGCUUAUUGUGAUUUCAAAGACAUAUUAUCAAUCCGGAAAGUCUGUCGAUCUCUCCAACAUUUUAUCGAUGACGUGUUUCCUGAAUCCACACUGAAAGACUUGAAUAUAUCAAUUCAUCCCAAGAAAGUCUGUCUAGACUAUUUCUCUGUUCAUAACACCCCGUACAUCAUUGAAUACCACAAAACAUUCGGAAAUCAUUGCAUGGUGAAGUGCCAGACGACUAUCAAAGUUAUAGAGAAUUCGAAUUUUUUGGACGUUUUUCUAAGAGAUCUGGAAAUAGUUCUGAUGCAUCAGAAAUCUCUAAUAAGGCUAAUACGAAUUGUGAGAUAUGAAGAUAACAGCUUCGAAUAUUUUCUGGAAAACUUCAAAAAACUGCUUCAUCGUCCUCUGAAAAUCGAGGAAUUUCACAUGUAUGUGAAAGAUAAUCAGAAUGAAAUAUUGGCAGUGUUACCACAUCUGGAUCCUCAAUCUAUCAUUGGGAUAUCACUAUAUCAGUAUGGAGAAGAUCCGAAAAAUCUGGAAAUCGGAGAAAUUGUGAAAUUGGAACAUUGGAAAAGGUCAGAGCAGUUGCAUGUGGAUAAAUGUAUUCUGAAAAUGAAUGUGAGACAUUUGGCAAAUUUCUCGUUGGUCGACAUAAGCAUGGCCAGUGUUUCUGCAGAAGAGAUGAUGGUUUUGAAAGAGAAACUCUUGUAUCAUCCUUUACUAGCUGAAAUCUAUAUAAGAUGUACUCGAUUUGACGACAAACAACAAUUUUUGGAGUCUUUGGGAAUCAAAGAGGUUUCGAGUGAACUCUACGGAAUUGCGAGAAGAAUUUGGCACCUCGAAAUCCCGAACUCGGACGACGUUCUACGGAUUUCCUAUCGAUCACAGAAUAACUCAUUCGCAUUUAACAGAGUACAAAGAAGUGAGGUUACUGAUCAUGCGGAAGUGCUGAAUUUAUGA